AUGACAGUGUCCAAGAGGAGCCCACGGAGGAAGACUGCUUCUGGGCUGCGUCCUGCUGCUGCGUCGGCGGAGGACGGGCUUCGGCUGCGAGCUGGUGGAGGCGGCGACGAACGUGAAAAGAAAACUGCAAGGAAGAAAUGGUGGGUCAGUUACAAACGUCGAUAUGGUGCGGCUUUAAGAGUGCUGGAAAAUUUGUCCGUGUACCGGACUUCCACGUCUAAUUCUACUGUGAUAGACGAUUAUUUUGACAAGGUUUCAGAUGUCACUAAGAAACUAGGUAGCCACAAGACGUGGACCACGCCCAUCAAGUCUGCCGGCGCGAGCGAGGCGGACUCAUUCCACCGGGCGGUCAGCUGGGUGCUGGCCAUGGCGCAGUGCUUCGCCAUCAUGCCCGUGCGCGGCGUGCGGGCUGCCUCCCCCCACUCACUGAGAUUCCAGUGGACAAGUCUGCGAGUGAUCUACGCCAUGUUUAGCCUGGUGGGAUCGACGGUCUUCGCUGUUCUCAGCUGCCUGCACAUGUCUUCGCAAGGUCUCACCUUCAGCCGCACAUCGCCCACGGUGUUCUUCGCGUGCAGCGCGCUGGCUUCGCUGCUGUUCGUGCAGCUGGCGCGCGACUGGCCGGCGCUGGCCGCCGCCUGGGACGCCGUCGAGAGGCGCCUGGCGCCGCGCUACGGCUACCCCAGGGGCGUCGCGCGCCGCUGCAGACUCGUCACCGCCACCGUGCUGCUCAGCGCCCUAGUGGAACACCUGUUGUCCAACGCGCCGACGGCCGUGGAGACGUACCACUGCUCGCCCAGCGGCUUCGCCUUCCUGCGCAUCUACCUCACCAGCAAGUACUACUACGUGCUCGACUACUUGGGCUACAACUUCGCCGUCAACUUCUGCACGGCUUUUAUAAGCAUUAUCGCCACGUUCGCGUGGAACUACGUGGACCUGUUCAUCAUCCUUCUGAGCAUCGCCAUUACGGAGCGAUUCAAGCAGAUCAACAUAGCAGUCAAGUCGUGCACGGACAAGGUGGUGGGCGAGCGCGAGUGGCGGCAACUGCGGCUGGACUACAACAGCCUGUCGCAGCUCACCAAGACGGUUGACAGCCACGUCAACAAGAUCGUGCUGCUCUCCUUCGCUACCAACCUCUACUUCGUCUGCCUCCAGUUCCUCCACAGCAUGAAGCCACUGGCCAGUGCGGUGGAGACGGUGUACUACUACUGGUCGUUCAUCUACCUGUUCGCCAAGACCUGCCUCGUCUCACUGUCGGCUUCAGACAUCUACGUCCGGAGCAAGGAGCCCAGCACUCUGCUCUACUCCGUGCCACCGCUGGACUACAGUACUGAGGUGGAGCGUUUCCUGACCCAGGUGACCUCCGACCACGUGGCCCUGACGGGACUCAACUUCUUUCCCGUCACUCGCACGCUACUGCUCACGGUGGCAGGUACUAUUGUGACCUACGAAAUUGUUCUUGUGCAACUAAAUGCGUCAUCUGACGUAGCAGACGUUGCCGGCGAAGAAUCUGGAAACAGGACUGCCCUUUGCGAAACGUUACGACUCUAA